CUAUUGAAAAAAUGAUUAAAGCUUGGGGCUUUAUUUAAUGGACGAUGCAAUAAGAUAGUUGAAGGAAGUGAAGAUCCAAACCUAUAUUUCUCCUCGACUAUCCAGAAACUUGAAAAGCUAACAAUGUCAACCGUUCCAUUGGUCUCUAAUGCCUUAAGAAGGCUUGAGGGGAAGGUAGCUUUGAUCACCGGUGGUGCGAGCGGCAUUGGUGAGGCCACUGCAAGACUCUUCUCCGAGCAUGGAGCUCAAGUCGUUAUAGCUGACAUCCAAGACGACAAAGGACACUCUAUUUGCAAGGAAUUACAAAAAUCGUCUUCUUCCUAUGUUCGUUGUGACGUGACAAAGGAAGAAGACAUUGAAAAUGCCGUGAACACAACCGUUUUCAAGUACGGUAAACUAGAUAUCAUGUUUAACAACGCUGGCAUAAGCGGUGUAAACAAAACAAAGAUACUUGAAAACAAAUUAUCUGAAUUUGAGGAUGUGAUUAAAGUAAACUUGACUGGUGUCUUUCUUGGAACAAAGCAUGCAUCAAGGGUAAUGAUCCCCGCUCGACGGGGUAGCAUAAUUAACACAGCUAGUGUUUGUGGAAGCAUAGGUGGUGUCGCUCCACAUGCCUACACAAGUGCAAAGCACGCCGUUGUUGGGCUGAUGAGAAACACGGCCAUCGAGCUUGGACGGUUUGGUAUUCGGGUGAAUUGUGUGUCACCUUAUAUUGUUGCAACUCCGUUGGUUAAGAAAUAUUUUAAGCUCGAUGAUGAUGAUGAUGUUUUAGAUGUUUAUUCUAACCUAAAGGGUGCUAAUCUUGUGCCAAAAGAUGUGGCUGAAGCUGCUCUAUACUUGGGAAGUGAUGAGUCUAAGUAUGUUAGUGGUCACAAUCUUGUCAUCGAUGGAGGAUUCACGGUUGUAAAUAAUGGGUUUUGUGUGUUUGGAGAAUCUGUCUAAAUAUGUGUUACGUACGUAUAAGUAUUUAUCUAUUCAUUCAUAACUAGCAAAAUACUUGUGCAUUCGCAUUGAUAAGUUAGUUCAUAGUUGAUAUAAGAUAAGAUCGACCGUAUAUAAAUGAUGAUAAGGUAAUGGUUCCAUAUUCAAACUAUUUUCAAUUUAUUAGUUGUAUCAACAUUGAACGGGAACUUCUCUCAAUUAGAAUUUGAACGUUAGUUCAUCA